AUGACUAUGAGAUAUUUAACUGCUUUUCUCUUAAUUGUUGUAAUAACUCUUCCUCAGAAAAAUGCUCAGCUUGGUAUUCUCAAUGAUCUCUUGGGUUCUGCUAAUAUCCAAGGAACUGUACUUUGCACUUCUAAGGAUAAUGGUGCUCCAACCCCUGGUUUUUCAAAUGCUCAAGUACAGCUACAAUGUGGAGGAAACAUGGUCUCUAAUGCAACAACUAAUGGUGAUGGAAAGUUUUCAAUGUUAAUGGAUACUCCUUUGCUAUAUGAUCUCUCUUCACUACUCACUGAUUGUAACCUAAUGGUUCCUACACCACUCUCCAAAUGCAACACAAAACUUCCUUCUGUUGGUGGCUUAACUUCGUCUCUCAAGUAUGUUGGGACCAGUCGAAUUGGAACUCGAACUCUUGCAAACAUUGCACCAUCUGAAUUUCAUUUCAUUCCAUUAACUUAG